AUGAUCCAGGGCGUAAAGAAAAAAUUUGGACUGGAUGCGAAAAAUAUCUACGCUGUAACGGAUGCUGGCAGCAACGUGAAACGGGCAGUUUCGUUGGGAAACAUGGAGCACCAUUUGUGUCUCGGACAUGCACUUCAUAACCUUGUGACCGUGGAUGGUAUAGAUAGUGUCCCAGAAGUAAAAGAACUGGUUAAUAAAUGUAAAAAAAUUGUCAAGACUGUGCGCUACCGGUUACCAGAGGUGGAGUUAGAAGCAGAAAAGGUGCAGAAAGAAUUUUUGGAUAGCGUUGAACGAGUAGUAGAAACACUAGAAAUUGAUGAGAGUAACCCCAUUUUACAGAGCAAUUCGCAGACAGCUACAGAAGCAAGCAUCGAAUGGUUUGCAGAAGACAUGUCACUUAUGACAGCUGAUAAUUGUAGAAAUAUUCCGUCAAUUAAGACUACUACGCCUACACGUUGGCACAGCAUUUUAGAGAUGCUGGAGAGUUUAAUUCAUGUUUGCAACCGUGAUCCAAUAAACAACAUGUUAAGAAAAGUAGGAAAAGAUGAGCUGAAAAUUACUCAAAAUGAGUGGAUUCUUUUAGAAGAUUUAGUAAAGUUUUUAAAUCGAUUCCGUGAAGCAGUCGAAAUUAUGUCAUCCCAAAAGACCUGCACUAUGAAUGUUGCACUUGUAUUUCGCUCUGAAAUAAUUGACGUUCUAAAAUCACUUGAUGAUGAUGAAUCAUUGGUUCUGUUUCGUUUAAAACGCAACAUGUUGGCGAAUAUUGAUAAAAGAUUUCCUGUUACUAAACCUGUAGUAGCUGCAGCUCUUUUGGACAAGCGGUUCAUGGGUCUUAAAGAGUUAGAUUUAUAUUUAGAGUCAAAAAAUAUGACAAAGGCUUCCUUCCUUGCAUCUUAUAUAAAAGAAGUUAUAAAAUCGCAUGAUUUGCCCGGAAAUUGUGAAAGAAACGAAACAUACACUUCAGUUUCCUUAAAUACCAGCAGUUCCUCAUCAAUUUUGAGUAAACUCUCUAAGAAACAUAGUGCUGGUCAUGGUCAUGGACUUGAAGAUAUUGAUCCAUUAGACCAAGAAUGUUGGCGAUAUCUCGCUUCUGCUGUUGGAUCUACGGAUAUCAAUAAUGAGGAUCUUUUAUCUUUUUGGAACGAAAAAAAGAAACAAUUUCCUUGGCUGUCUACUUUUGCCAGAGCUUUGCUAUGUGUACCCGCUACAAGUACCCCAAGUGAGAGGGUAUUUUCUGUAGCUGGAAUGGUACUUUCUGCAAAAAGAUCUCGGUUGAGUCCACAAAGGGUGAAUAAAAUAAUUUUUAUUCACGAUAACUAUAGGGAAUGCAAAAAUUAUAAAGAAAACUAA